AAUCUUCAAUCCUCGUUCCUCUGAUCUACUCGAGGUGCUCGCGUGAUGAUCACACACACUUUGUCCGUCAUGUAUAUGCUAUUCUGUAGCUCGUAAAUCUUUUAUAGGGUUUUGUCGGCUAGUUUUGAUCACAUACCGUGUAAAAAGUUUACAUGUGUAACUGGAUUUGAAGGCGGAACUAAAGAUCGUUGGCUGUUGUUUCCGCGAGGCGGAGAAUCACUGCAGCACCAGUGUUCACCGACUGUUUACAUUUGAACUUUCUGCAGAUCUGCAGAGAUGUCCGCCCUGUUCCCGUCUCUGUUUCCGCGGGUGACGGAGUCUCUGUGGUUUAAUCUGGACCGGCCCUGUGUGGAUGAAGCAGAGCUCAACCAGCAGGAGCAGCAGCACCAGACCUGGUUGCAGAGUAUCGUAGAGAAGGAUAAUAACCUGAUGCCCAUCGGCCGGCCCAUCUUUGAGACCUUCGAUGAAGAAGAGGAGGAGGAUGAUGAAGACGAGGAGGACAGUGAAGAAGACUCAGAAGAUGAUGAAGACAUGCAGGACAUGGACGACAUGAACAUCUACAAUGAGUUCCCUGAUGAUGGAGAGAUCAACGAGGUGGACAUGGAGGGAGCGGAUCAGGACCAGGACCAGUGGAUGAUCUAGAGCCGCAGAUCCACAAAGACAGUCUCUGAGGAUUGUGUGUGUGUGUGUGUGUGUUUGACUAAAAGAAACACACGUCUCAAAUCUGCAAAUGACUGUUAUUUAAUGUUGAACACACACACACACACACACACACACACACUCCUGCUGAUCAUGUGUUCAGGGUUACUCAACAGCUCCAGCUGGUGUUUCUGAUCAUCAGCACUUGACCUUUUGUCACUUCUGAGGCGCAGAGUUACUGUCACGUUCAGUGUGUGUGUGUGUGUGUGUUCAUCAGUGUGUGUUUUACAGCCCUGUACAUCAGCUGUUAGCACCUGUGUUCAUUAACCAGCUGAUAAAUCCCCUCUCUGCUUGUGUGAUAUUUAUUUGUGCUUGUAAAUAAAUUUGUAGUCAAUUAUUGA